CUCUAUAAACUUGCAGCCUCAGAGGGCACGGGAGGCAGGAGGACGUCAGCGACGCGCGGUCGAGCCUCCAGCCCGCCCCUCGCGCGCCUGCCUCUCGCUCCCUUCCCGUUGACGCGGCGACCGUCCGGCAGCGCUCCGACACAUUCACGCGCGCGCUGCAGCUCGCCGUCUCCUCCCAGCCCAGCCCCGAACAUGGCGGCUCUCAAACGCCUCUCCGCCUGGCCCUGGCGCUGCGCCUCCACCUGCCGCUCCGGCGGCGUCUGGUCCAAGGGAUGUGUUGGCUACUUUUCAACCAGUACACAACGCCAUACCAAAUUUUAUACAGAUCCAGUGGAAGCUGUAAAAGACAUUCCUGAUGGUGCAACGAUUCUGGUUGGUGGUUUUGGGUUAUGUGGGAUUCCAGAGAACCUUAUAGGAGCUUUACUAAAGACUGGAGUAAAAGGGCUGACUGCAGUCAGCAACAAUGCAGGGGUUGACAACUUUGGCUUGGGCCUUUUACUCCGAUCCAAGCAGAUAAAACGCAUGGUGUCUUCGUACGUUGGGGAAAAUGCAGAAUUUGAACGACAGUACUUGAGUGGUGAAUUAGAAGUAGAGCUGACACCUCAGGGCACGCUUGCGGAGCGGAUUCGUGCAGGUGGGGCUGGAGUUCCUGCAUUUUACACCAGCACCGGGUACGGGACCCUGGUGCAACAAGGAGGGUCACCGAUCAAAUACAACAAGGAUGGCAGCAUUGCCAUUGCCAGUAAGCCAAGAGAGGUGAGGGAGUUUAAUGGCCAGCAUUUUAUUUUGGAGGAAGCAAUUACAGGAGAUUUUGCUUUGGUGAAAGCCUGGAAGGCAGACCAAGCAGGAAAUGUGAUUUUCAGGAAAAGUGCAAGGAAUUUCAACUUGCCGAUGUGCAAAGCGGCAGAAACCACAGUGGUGGAGGUUGAAGAAAUUGUGGAUAUUGGAUCAUUUGCCCCAGAAGACAUCCAUAUUCCUAAGAUUUAUGUACAUCGCCUUAUAAAGGGAGAAAAAUAUGAGAAAAGGAUUGAGCGUUUAUCAGUCCGGAAAGAGGAAGAUGUAAAAGCCAAAUCCGGUAAACCUGGAGAUAAUGUAAGGGAACGUAUCAUCAAGCGGGCAGCUCUUGAAUUUGAAGAUGGCAUGUAUGCUAAUUUGGGCAUAGGAAUCCCGCUUCUGGCCAGCAACUUUAUCAGCCCAAAUAUCACAGUUCAUCUGCAAAGUGAAAAUGGAAUCCUGGGUUUGGGUCCAUAUCCGCUACAAAAUGAAGUUGAUGCAGAUCUAAUCAAUGCAGGCAAGGAAACAGUUACUGUUCUUCCAGGAGCCUCUUACUUCUCCAGUGAUGAAUCAUUUGCAAUGAUUAGAGGGGGCCAUGUGAAUCUAACAAUGCUAGGAGCAAUGCAGGUUUCCAAAUACGGUGACCUGGCUAACUGGAUGAUACCUGGGAAGAUGGUGAAAGGAAUGGGAGGGGCUAUGGAUCUCGUGUCCAGUGCUAAGACCAAAGUGGUGGUCACCAUGGAGCAUUCUGCAAAGGGAAAUACACAUAAAAUCAUGGAGAAAUGUACAUUGCCACUGACUGGAAAGCAGUGCGUCAACCGCAUCAUUACUGAAAAGGCUGUGUUUGACGUGGACAACAAGAAAGGACUGACUCUGAUUGAACUCUGGGAAGGCCUGACCGUGGAUGACAUCAAAAAGAGCACUGGGUGUGAUUUUGCAGUUUCACCAAAACUCAUACCAAUGCAGCAGAUCACAACUUGAAAUGUGGAAUAGACAUUUCUCCCAGGUUGUGUGUUUCUCAUUUUAACCACAUAGGAUUUCAUUGAAAGGACAUCAGUAAUCAUAAUUGUAUAUCUAAGAAGCAGUUUUGACUAGUUUUCUUCCAGCAUUUUACACUGUAGCAGCCAUGUAGUCUUUAUUCUCUCUAGUGUGCUAUAAGGUUUUAAUGAAAGACAAAUAUAUAUAUAUAUAUAUAAUAUAAAUGA